AUGUCCUCGUCCUCAUUUUUAGUUUUGCCUGGUCCAAAGGCUUUAUCUGCUUUCAGAAUUAAUAACUUCACUCAAGAAGUGGAGAAAAAACUCAACAAGUCAGGAUCCAUUCUUGAGGUUAGAUCUUUAUACACUCACUAUGUUUCUACCAAGCAAGAAUUGACUGAACAACAAUUAAAGUUGGUCAAUGUUCUUCUUGAGUAUGAUACUCCAGUAGACUCUAAUGAUGAAUUGACUCAACAAUUGGUAGCUGCCACUUCUUCUUCCAACAAGGUUCCACAAGAUGAAAACACCUACGUUGUUCGUAUUCUCCCAAGACCUGGUACCAUUUCUCCUUGGUCUUCCAAGGCUACUGACAUUGCCCACAUUUGUGGAUUGGGUGAACAUAUCGAACGUAUUGAAAGAGGUUUGAGUUUACUUGUUAAGGUUGAACCUGGUUUCAAACUUGACUUAUCAUCUGGGGAAAUCUUGACUUCUGUUUACGACAGAAUGACUCAAGUUCUCUACAUUGGUGACAAUGCUCCAGCAAAUGAUGAUCUUUUUGCUCAUCAUUCUCCAAAGCCUCUUGUUCAUGUCGAUUUACUCUCUUCUCAAGAUAACCUUAUUGCUGCUAACAAGGAUAUGGGAUUGGCUCUUGACAAGGGUGAAAUUGACUACUUGAUCGAAGCCUUCACUAAAGUAAUUGGUAGAAACCCUACUGAUGUUGAACUUUUCAUGUUUGCUCAAGUUAACUCUGAACAUUGUCGUCACAAGAUUUUCAAUGCUGACUGGACCAUCGAUGGAAAGCAAAAGGAUUUGUCUCUUUUCAAGAUGAUUCGUAACACUCAUAGCAAGAACCCUCAAUACACUGUCUCUGCUUACUCCGAUAACGCUGCUGUUUUCGAAGGUCCAGCUGGUUACGUCUUCACCCCAGAUUACGUUUCUAAGGAAUGGAAGUCCAUCAAGGAAAACGUCCACACUUUGGUCAAGGUCGAAACUCAUAACCAUCCUACCGCUGUUUCUCCAUUUGCUGGUGCUGCCACUGGUUCUGGUGGUGAAAUCAGAGAUGAAGGUGCUGUCGGUCGUGGUUCCAAGUCCAAGGCUGGUUUGGCUGGUUUCACCGUUUCUGAUUUGAUCAUUCCAACUUUACCUCAACCAUGGGAAAGAGACGUAGGUAAGCCAAACCAUAUUGCUUCCUCUUUGGAUAUUAUGUUGGAAGCUCCAAUUGGAUCCGCUGCCUUCAAUAACGAAUUUGGUAGACCUGCCAUUAACGGUUACUUCAGAACUUUAACUACCGAAGUAACCAACCACAAGGGUGAAAACGAAAUCAGAGGUUUCCACAAGCCUAUUAUGUUGGCUGGUGGUAUGGGUGCCAUUAGACCUGAAUUGGCUCUUAAGGACACCAAGAUUACCCCAGGUGCUAAAUUGAUCGUCCUCGGUGGUCAAUCUAUGUUGAUUGGUUUGGGUGGUGGUGCUGCCUCUUCUAUCUCUUCUGGUGAAGGUUCUGCUGAUUUGGAUUUUGCCUCCGUUCAAAGAGGUAACCCAGAAAUUCAAAGAAGAGCCCAACAAGUCAUUGAUGUCUGUGUUUCUCUUGGUGCUGAAAAGACUCCAAUCCAAUCUAUUCACGAUGUCGGUGCUGGUGGGUUAUCCAACGCCUUGCCUGAAUUAGUUCACGACAAUGACUUGGGUGCCAGAUUCGAAUUGAGAAGCAUCUUGUCGUUGGAACCAGGUAUGUCCCCAAUGGAAAUUUGGUGUAAUGAAUCCCAAGAAAGAUAUGUUUUGGGGGUUGCUCCAGAAAACUUGGAUAUGUUUGCCAAGAUCUGUGAAAGAGAAAGAGCUCCAUUUGCCGUUGUCGGUGAAGCUACUGAAGAACAAAAGUUGAUUUUGACGGAUUCUCUCUUGAACACUACUCCAAUUGAUUUGGAUAUGUCUGUUUUGUUUGGUAAGCCACCAAAGAUGUCCAGAACUGCUAUUACUGAAGAUUUACAAUUGAAGCCAUUCGCUACUUCAAACUUGGACUUGUCCGAGUCUGUAUCUAGAGUUUUGCAAUUGCCUUCUGUUGGUUCUAAAAACUUCUUGAUUACCAUUGGUGACAGAUUCAUCACUGGUUUGGUUGACCGUGAUCAAAUGGUUGGUCCAUGGCAAGUACCUGUUGCUGAUGUUGGUGUUACUGCCACAUCUUUGGGUGAAACUGUGAUUUCUACCGGUGAAGCUUUGGCCAUGGGUGAAAAGCCAACUUUGGCUCUUAUUUCUGCUGCCGCUUCUGCUAAGAUGUGUGUUGCCGAAUCCUUGAUGAAUGUUAUUGCUGCUGAUGUUCCAGCCUUGGACAGAAUUAAGUUGUCUGCCAACUGGAUGUCCGCUGCUUCUCAUGCUGGUGAAGGUGCCAAGUUAUACGAAGCAGUUCAAGCAAUUGGUCUCGAUUUGUGUCCAGACUUGGGUAUUUCCAUCCCAGUUGGUAAGGAUUCCAUGUCCAUGAAGAUGAAGUGGGACGACAAGGAAGUCACUGCUCCAUUGGCGUUGACUGUCACUGCUUUCGCUCCAGUUGAUAACACUUCAAGAACCUGGACCCCUGAGUUGGUCAGAUCCGAUGAAGAAACCGUCUUGGUUUUGGUUGACUUGGCUGCUGAACUCUCCAAGAAAGCCUUGGGCGGUUCCGCUUUGGCUCAAGUUUACAAGGAAGUUGGCGAUGCUGCUCCAACCGUUCACUCUCAUGCUAUUUUCAAGUCUUUCUUGGAAACCAUGAUUGUUUUACACAAGCAAUUCAACGUCUUGGCUUACCAUGAUAGAUCUGAAGGUGGUUUGAUUACCACUGUCUUAGAAAUGGCCUUUGCUGGUAGAACCGGAUUGAACUUGAACCUUUCUUCAUCUGAAGACUUGUUGACAACCUUGUUUAACGAAGAAUUGGGUGCUGUCUUCCAAAUUAAGAAGUCCGACUACUCUGCUUUCGUCAAAGUUUUUGAAGCCAAUGGUAUUUCCGAAAAAUUCGUUUCUGUUAUUGGUGAACCAGAUUUCAAUAGUGCUUCUCAAGACAUUAAGAUUAACUACAAUGAUGAAUUGGUUUACGAAAACACUCGUGCCGAAUUGCAAAAGUUAUGGUCCAACACCUCUUACCACAUACAGAAAAUGAGAGACAAUCCAAAGACUUCUGAGGAAGAAUAUGCAAGAAUCUCUGAUAACAAGGACCCAGGUCUUUCUUACCAAUUGACUUAUUCUCCUUCUGAUGACUUGGAAGUUUCCAAGCUUCAAUCUAAGCCUAAGGUUGCCAUCUUGAGAGAACAAGGUGUCAACUCUCAACAAGAAAUGGCUUGGUCUUUCCAACAAGCUGGUUUCAACCCAGUCGAUGUUCACAUGUCUGACAUUUUGAGUGGAAGAGUUACCUUGGAUGAUUUCGUUGGUGUUGCUGCCUGUGGUGGUUUCUCAUACGGUGAUGUCUUGGGUGCUGGUGCCGGUUGGGCCAAGUCUGUCUUGUUUAACGAUAGAGCUCGUGAAGAGUUCAGAAAGUUCUUCCAAGACAGAGAUGACACUUUCGCAUUUGGUGCCUGUAAUGGUUGUCAAUUCUUCAGUAGAAUUGCUGAAUUGAUUCCAGGUACUGAAAACUGGCCAACUUUCGAAAGAAACUUGUCUGAACAGUAUGAAGCUAGAUUUGUUAUGGUUGAAGUCACCGAUGACAACUCCAACUCUAUCUUCUUGAACGGUAUGAAGGGUUCUAAGUUGCCAAUCGCAGUUGCUCAUGGUGAAGGUAGAGCCUUCUUCAAGAACAACAACAUUGAUAAGUUUACUGAAAGUGGUUUAACUGCCAUUAGAUACGUUGACAACUAUGGAAGUGUUGCUCAACAAUACCCUGCUAACCCUAACGGUUCUCCACAAGGUAUUGCUGGUAUUACCUCUGCCAACGGUAGAGUUUUGGCUAUGAUGCCUCACCCUGAAAGAGUCACCAGAAAGGAGUCUAACUCUUGGUACCCUGCUGCUCAAGGUGAAACUUGGGGAGACCACGGUCCAUGGAUCAGAUUGUUUAGAUCUGCCAGAAAAUGGGUUGGUGAAAAAUAG